AUGGGAUCACUCAAGAUGACUGAAAAAGCUCCCGGUGCUGCGCUGCCAGAGUCUUCAUGUGCCUACUUGCUUCAAGAACUCAAGAUGAUAUGGGAUGAAGUUGGGCAAGACCAAAAUGAAAGGGAAAGAAUACUGGAAGAGCUUGAGCAGGAAUGCCAAGAAGUUUACAGAAGAAAAGUAAAUAGUGCCAAUAUGUCUCGGAUUCACCUGCAUCAAGCUUUGGCUGAAUCUGAGGCUGAAUUUACCAACCUGUUGCUAUCCCUUGGAGAAAGAUCAUUCCCAGGACGACCUGAAAAAAUGGCAGGCACUCUAAAGGAGCAGCUGAAUUCCAUUACACCCGCUCUACAAGAAAUGCAGAUGAGGAAGGAAGUCAGAGUGAAGCAGUUCAUGGAGGUUCAAACUGAAAUACACAGAAUUGCUUCUGAAAUUGCAGGACGCUUAGGGAAUGAAGUUGUCACUGUGAACGAAGAAGAUCUGUCACUAAAGAAACUCGAGGAGUUCCAAAGCGAAUUGCAAAGACUGAAAAGAGAAAAGAGUGAUCGCCUCUGCAAAGUGGAAGAAUACAAAGUUCUAAUUCACAAUUUUGCAAAAGUAAUGGGAAUGGAUCCUUCAAAGAUACUUGCUAAUGUUCACCCAAGGUUGCUAGAUGGACCAAAUGAGCAACAGACGAAGAAUAUCAGUGAUGACAUCCUCAACAAGCUCAAUAUGACUGUUCAGCAGCUAAAAGAAGAGAAGAGCAAUAGAAGGGAAAAGCUCCAAAACCUUGUAAAAGCAUUAACAAACUUAUGGAAUACUCUGGAUACUACUAUGGAGGAGCGUCAACCAUAUGGGCAAAUUAAGGUACUAGCAAUGACUUCAGUAAAUGGUAUGUUAGGUCCUGGAAGCCUCACACUUGAGACAAUUCAACAGGUUGAAUCUGAAGUUCAGCGUCUGAAUCAGUUGAAGGCAAGCAAAAUGAAAGAGCUAUUCCUAAAAAAGAGAGCAGAAGUCGACGAAAUUUGCAAGAAAUCACACAUGGACAUGCCUCAUCAAACAGAAAUGGACAAAAUAAUGAAUCUGAUAAUGUCAGGAGAUGUGGUCCAUGAUGAUCUAUUAAAUACAAUGGAUGAAUAUAUAUACAAAGCAAAAGAGGAGGCCACAAGCCGGAAAGACAUAAUGGAUAAGGUUGAAAAAUGGAUGGUUUCAUGUGAUGAAGAGCGAUGGCUAGAAGAAUACAGCAGGGAUGAACGAAGGUACUCAAUAAGCAAAGGAGCGCACAAGCACUUGAAAAGGGCAGAGCGUGCUCGAAUUAUAGUUAACAAAAUUCCAGGCUUGGUAGAACAGUUAAUGGCCAAGACACAAUUCUGGGAACAGGAGAGGAACAAGAUCUUCUACUAUGAUGAGGUGCGACCUCAUGAACUGCAAACAUAA